AUGUUUGAUCUCAUCGUCGUUGGUGCCGGCCUCAGUGGCCUCCAAGCUGCCUAUUCGGCGCAGCAAGCAGGCCUUUCAGUAGCCGUUGUUGAGGCGCGCGACCGCGUCGGCGGCAAGACCUGGACUGUGCCUUUGGCUUCGGGACGUGGUGUCGCAGAUCUCGGAGCUGCAUGGAUCAACGACCGACUGCAACCGCGGAUCUGGGCCUAUGUGCAGAAAUUCGGACUUCAAACUGUGAGGCAGCGUUUGGUAGGCAAGGCAAUCAUGCAGUCAUCUGAAUCCGAAAGAGUUGUGUAUCCGUUUGGGAUCACGCCAGAGUUUACGGAAGAUGAGAAGAUGAAUUUGGAAAAGGUCCGGGAUCAUAUUCAGCGGGUGUCCCUACUUAAGGAACCCCCGAAUUCACAGGACGACAACGUCACCCUCGAUCAGUAUGUGCGUGAGCUUGGCGCAGGUCCAAAGACGAUCCAGAUGGUCAACCUUUGGUCUCGCGUUAUGCAUGGCGUGGAAUCAUCCGAGCAGUCUGCUGCUUGGUUUAUUGACUACUGUCGGCGUAACAAAGGUCUCCUGGCCGUGCGGGCUGAUGAUCAGACUGGAGGGAACCACAUGCGGAUUAUAUCUGAUCUUGGGUUCAACGGUUUCGCCAUGAGUUUCGUUGGCCCUGCGGUCGUGAUCCGAGACACCAGCGUCGAUGAGAAAGAGUGCUAUGCCUUGACCUGUUUCGUCAACGGGCGAGAGGGAGAGAAGUGGUCAAAGCUGCAUGACCACGAGCGCAGGCGGGUUAUACUCCAACAGCUUGCCAUUAUUUACAAUGUUGGGCCUGAGUCGGAAGUGUUCCGACCUAUCGAGUUCUUUGUUCAGAUAUGGAAGCAUGAGGAGUACAGCAAAGGGGCGCUUGCUCCCAUCACUCAUCUAGGUCACUACACCAGGUUUCAGUCAGUCUAUGGCAAGCCGGUAGGCAACCUGCAUUUCGUAGGGACUGAGUACUCCAACGAGUGGAAGGGAUAUAUGGAGGGGGCACUAUGCUCAGGAGAAACAGGGGCCCGACAGGUCUUGGAAGCCUUGCGGAGUGGGAGGGUUCUUAAAGGCAGUAUUAUUUCAAAGCUGUAA